AUGGAGUGCGUUGUGGCUGAACCGGUAGAUUGUGUUCCAUCUCCCGGCGGAAAUGAGAUUUCAUCCAAUCCAAAUAAAAUUAUAGUUGAACCUCUCGUCGUCGAUCAUGUGCAAAUGACUAAGGCCACGCAAAUGUUGGAUGUUUCUGAUGUUGGUAGUGAUGAGAUGGAUAUUUGGGACGAGUUGCCUGAUCACGGUACCCUGGAGGAAGAUGAAAUACCAAGCGACGGGAUGCGGUUUGCGAAGUUGCAACUAGCUCAUGAUUUUUAUGUUAGCUACGCCAAGAAAGUUGGAUUUGCAACUAAGAUAAGGACGACAACAUUUGACAAGAUCACAAAGGAACCCGUUAACCAGGCUAUCCACUGUAAUCGAGAUCGCAUCCGCGGGUCUCGUGUAAAAACACCAACGUGCAAAAACCCGAUUUCAGCCGCUGGGUGCAAGGCAAGAAUAUAUGUGAAAUUUGAUAAGGAGAAGCAAGAGUGGCUUUUUUUCAAGGUUGAGUUGAGGCACGCGCACCCAUGUUCGGCGAAGAAGGCAGUGCACUACCGUGAGUAUAGGCAGCUGAGCAUGCAUGCGAAGUACGUGAUUCAGAAUAAUGAUGAGGCUGGGAUUCGACCAAACAAGACCUUCCUAUCUUUGGCCAAUGAAGCUGGGGGCCCGUCGAAUCUGGGAUUCUCAGAAAAGAAUUUAAGAAAUUAUAUUACAACAAGGCUCCGAACAAGCAACGCAAAUGCGGAUGUUAGGGAGAUGAUGAACUAUUUCAUGAGAAUGAAAGACAUCAAUCCGAAUUUCUUCUAUGCAGUGCAAUUGGACGAUGAGUGUAGAUUUAGGAGUGCAGUUUGGGUUGAUGCAAGGUGCAGGGCUUCCUAUGAAUACUACGAAGACGUUGUGUCACUCGAUAGCACUUACAGUACAAACAGGCAUGGGUUACCGUUUGCGUCGUUCGUCGGUAUCAACCACCAUGGUAAGUCAACCCUCCUUGGAUGUGCGCUGUUGGGAAACGAGGAAAUUCCGAGUUAUGAGUGGGUUUUUACCCAAUGGUUGACGUGCAUGGGAACAGCUCCACAGUGCAUCAUUACUAAUCAAUGCAGAUCCAUGUUUGGUGCGAUUAGAAAGGCGUUACCCAAUACACGUCACCGUUGGUGCAUAUGGCACAUCAUGAAGAAGUUUCCUCAGAAGCUUGGAGGUUAUCGUCGGUACGGAGAGUUGUAUGCCGACCUCAGGAACAUUGUUUUUAACUCUCGGAUGGAGGAGUCAUUUGAGAGAAAAUGGUUUGAAUUUAUGGAGGAGUACAAUUUACAUGACAACACAUGGCUGUUAGAUCUUUAUGAUGAUCGACGCAUGUGGGUGCCUAUAUUCUUCAAGGGUGAAUUUUGGGCUGUCAUGAGGAGUACGCAAAGGAGUGAGAGCAUGCACGCAUUCUAUGGUGGAAUCUUACACAGCAAGACUAGCUUGGUCCAAUUUGUUCACGAAUACGACAAUGUACUUGGAUCCAAGGAGCAGAGGGAAUUGGAGGAUGAUGCAGUAGACUCCAGGGGGGUAAUACCUUGUGCAACGAGCUCGCCUAUGGAGAAACAAUUUCAGCAGGAGUACACUACUAGCAUGUUUAGGGAUGUUCAAGUUGAGUUUGUGAAAAAGGCUGAUUGCAGAGCAUCUGUAGUUACUGAAGACUGGCCAGUGGUAUACAUGAAGGUGGAAGAGAAAAAAUUAGUACAUGAUACUAUGAUCUGUGAUUCGUAUGUUGUCCACUUUGACCGCUCUACACAAGAGGUUCGUUGUGAGUGCAAUCUUUUUGAGAGUUCAGGUGUGUUGUGCUGUCACUGUCUUGAAGUUUUUCACUUGUUUAAAGUGUAUAAAGUACCUAGCUGCUAUGUUCUCCCUCGUUGGAGUAAGAAUAUAAAGCGCAAGCAUACUUAUAUCAAGAGCAGUCACGACGUCAGUCGGUCAGAUGUGAGUCAUGAUGCAUUCAAGGGACUAUGUGCACACUUUUACAACAUUGCGCAAGAGUUUGUAAAUGAUGACGAUGAAACAGCAUUGCUGCAUGCUGCUUUAGAAGAAACAAGGGCCAAGCUGAGCGAGCACCGUGCUAAGAAGAGGUCUGAGAGCGUGGCGGAGAACCACACCAGCAUUGGCUCACAACAUUCGAAUGUUCCCGGUGUUGUUGACAUCCAAGCACCACCGUUGGUCACUACAAAGGGCCGGCCAAAGAGUAAGAGGCUCGGAUCAACCCUUGAGAAGUCCUUAAACAAAUCUAGUCGGAGGAAAAACAAGAAUGCUUCCCGGGUGGUUCGGUCAAAUACUUAUCAGGAUACAAACACUGGUGAUCCUAUUGCCCGGACUGUGCCUGAACAAGUGGGGAGCUUCAGUUAUCAGAACCGAACCGGCGAUCGAACCGAUCAGGUUACUGGGUCACUGGGUCAUUGGUUCAACCGGUGGGUCACUGGUUGA